GGACGGACCUAGUUCCAGGCUGCGGGCUGGUUUAUUCUCCGGUGGAGGGUCAUAUUUAACAUACAAACCGUCUGGCUCUCGCCAGAUUUUCCACUUAGGCAUAGGCAUAGGAGGGCUGCUUCCCAAAUUGCCGUGUUUAAUUGCACCUGCCUUUCUGAUUACCUCUGGGAAUCUGUGGGAGGAGCCGAGAGGGUGGAAAAUGUUGCUUCGCUUUGCAAAAGGAAGAAAACUUUGUCACCCAGCGGGAGAUCUCUGCCACGCGUAGCCCAGCGAGAGACCAGAACCAGUAUAGCCUUUGGCUUUGAUUUCGCAUCCGAAGAGCCCGUAGGAGGAAGAGGACACGUGAACUCGGCGCUCCCGCCGACCGCCACCCCAGCUCCACCUUCCCUCCCCGCGGAAGUCCCCACGCGGUGUCUUCAGGGUGCAAGGACAGUAAACAGCGCGUGCGGCUCGCGGCCGACGGCUGGGGCCGGGCUGGGAAGGAGAGGACCGAAUUCCAGGAACGAGUCACCCGGAAUUAACUUCUGGUUAAAGUUAUGGGAAGCGCGGCCAUGGACACCAAGAAGAAGAAGGACGUUUCCAGCCCCGGCGGGAGCAGCGGCAAGAAGAACAGCAGCCAGAAGCGGCGUUCGCUGAGAGUGCACAUUCCGGACCUGAGUUCCUUUGCCAUGCCGCUCCUGGAUGGAGACCUGGAGAGUUCAGAAAAGCAUCCAUCUCGUAAGGUGGACAGCCCCUUCGGCUCAGGCAGCCCCUCCAAAGGCUUCUUCUCCAGAGGCCCCCAGCACCGGCCCUCCAGCCCCGUGUCUGCUCCCGUGAGGCCCAAGACCAGCCCCGGCUCCCCCAAAACCGUGUUCCCGUUCUCCUACCAGGAGUCCCCGCCGCGCUCCCCCCGCCGCAUGAGCUUCAGCGGGAUCUUCCGUUCCUCGUCCAAAGACUCUUCCCCCAACUCCAACCCGUCUACCUCGCCCGGGGGCAUCCGGUUCUUCUCCCGCUCCAGAAAAAGCCUCUCUUCCUCUCCAUCAACACCCACCCAAGUGGCCAAGCAGCACACGUUUCCUCUCGAAUCCUAUAAGCAUGAGCCUGAGCGACUGGAAAAUCGCAUCUAUGCCUCCUCUUCCCCUCCGGACACAGGCCAGAGGUUCUGCCCGUCCUCCUUCCAGAGUUCAGCCAGGCCUCCGUCAGCAUCGCCAACACACCAUUCUCCCUCCAAAUCUGCGGCGCUGGCGGCGGCCCCGGGACCCGCGGAAGCCGGCAUGCUGGAGAAAUUCGAGUUGGAGGAAGAAGCAGAAGACUCAGAAAGUGGUGUUUACAUGCGAUUCAUGAGGUCACACAAGUGUUACGACAUCGUUCCAACCAGCUCCAAGCUUGUGGUCUUUGAUACCACGUUACAAGUUAAAAAGGCCUUCUUUGCCCUAGUAGCCAACGGUGUCCGAGCAGCGCCUCUGUGGGAGAGUAAAAGACAAAGUUUUGUAGGAAUGCUUACAAUUACAGAUUUCAUUAAUAUACUUCAUAGAUACUAUAAAUCACCCAUGGUACAGAUUUAUGAAUUAGAGGAACAUAAGAUUGAAACAUGGAGGGAGCUUUAUUUACAAGAAACAUUUAAGCCUUUAGUGAAUAUAUCUCCAGAUGCAAGCCUCUUCGAUGCUGUACACUCGUUGAUCAAAAAUAAAAUCCACAGAUUGCCAGUUAUUGACCCUAUCAGUGGGAAUGCACUUUAUAUACUUACCCACAAAAGAAUCCUCAAGUUCCUCCAGCUUUUUAUGUCUGAUAUGCCAAAGCCUGCUUUCAUGAAGCAGAACCUGGGUGCGCUCGGAAUCGGGACCUACCACAACAUCGCCUUCAUACACCCAGACACUCCCAUCAUUAAAGCCUUGAACGUCUUCGUGGAAAGACGAGUGUCAGCCUUGCCUGUUGUGGACGAGUCAGGAAAAGUUGUAGAUAUUUAUUCCAAAUUUGAUGUAAUUAACCUUGCUGCUGAAAAAACAUACAACAACCUAGACAUCACAGUGACCCAGGCCCUGCAGCACCGGUCACAGUAUUUCGAAGGCGUAGUGAAGUGCAGUAAGCUGGAAGUACUGGAGACCAUCGUGGACAGAAUAGUGAGAGCCGAGGUCCAUCGGCUGGUGGUAGUAAACGAAACAGACAGUAUCGUGGGUAUUAUUUCCCUGUCGGAUAUUCUGCAAGCCCUGAUACUCACCCCUGCAGGUGCCAAGCAGAAGGAGACAGAAACCGAAUGACGACCGUGAGUGGAGGAGCCCUCGCAGGAGAACUUGAACAAAGAUGCUGGGUCACGCUUUGCCUCAUGAACACUGACCGCGAUAGAACAGAGUCCAAUGGCUGAGAAUGUGUAUCAGGGUUUAGUGAUGGGUGUUUUUUCCAGUGAUGUUGAAACUAAGCAUAAAAAAGAAAGAUUUUGUGUUUGAAGGUGCGAGCUUGCAUUAAAAGACUGUUUUCAGACCGUUGUCUGAAAGAUUUCAAAUGCUGUAUGUCAUUAAAGUGCACUGUGUCCUGAAUUUCUGCUAUUUUCCAUUUUAAAGAAUUCACUGGUAUCUAACAGGUAACAUGACAUAAGGCGAGUGAGUGGCAUAUUGAGACCUAGUGCCUUAUGUCAGCACAGCGAUAUGUCAUCACUACCGCCCAUCGCAGCUGGAGCGCGUCCUUGUGAACUGACACUGCUGGAGUGUGAACGUCUGAACCUUUACCAAAUCAGUUUGUUUUCAUUAGAUUUGUUGAAUAGCUGUAAUUUGAAUAUAAAUAAUUACUUUAUAAAACUUUAA